AUGUAUCACCUCGCAAAGGGCCUCUACCUUCUGGCCACCAGCAAAGAAGAGUACUCCGUCAUCCUCCUCGGCCUCGACAAUGCCGGCAAGACCACCUUCCACGAACAGGUCAAGUCUCUCUUCCUCCCCGGAAACCCCGAUCCGAAGCUCAAGACGGUACCGACGGUGGGACAGAACGUCUCGACCAUCACCCUGCCGGACAUGUACCUCAAGAUCUGGGACGUGGGCGGCCAGCACUCGCUGCGUCGGCUGUGGCAGAGCUACUACUCCUCGGCGCACGCCAUCGUGUUCAUCAUCGAUUCGACCGACAUUGGCAACGGGACCCUGGAGAACAACAGCUCGGGGCGCCUCGAAGAGUGCCGCCUCGUGCUCGAAGACGUGCUGCAGCACUCCGAGACCGAGGGCGUGCCGGUGCUGGUGCUGGCCAACAAGCAGGACCGCGAGGACUGCGUCGAAGUCGUGAGGAUCAAGGAGGGGCUUGUGAAGAAGGUGUUUGAGGGCGAGAAAGCGAGCAGCAUCCGCGACUCGAGGGUGCUACCUGUCAGCGCGCUGACGGGGACGGGCGUCAAGGAGGCGGUGGAGUGGGUGAGAUCAAGAGUGAAAUGGAACAAGGAAUCGCGGCCGCCGGUGAUGCGGUAG